AUGAGCCUCGCCUCAUCGAGCGGCGGGCUGUGCAGACGCUCUCCCUGCUUGCGCUCCGGUUCUGACCGUGAAGAUGUUGGCGAUCUGUAUUCCUCUUCCUCUCGGCGGGGGAGCAUCAGGAUGAUCUCCUCUACGACUUCUCGUGGAGACUCAAGCUUCCGCCGGAGCAGUGGCGGCGGUGGUUCGCUGAUCCUCGACAGCGGCGGCGGCUCUCAUGGCGGCGUAGGUGGUCAGGGGAAGUUCCCCCCAGGGGAUGGCGGUGGCGGCGGCGGCGAUGACGGGGAGGCCCCCCAAGAGAGCGACGAGUUCGGGCCUCUGCUGAGGUUUGAGGAGGUGAUGGCGGUUCUUGGGGAGAAGGGGCGGACGCUUCCGCUGGACAUGUGGGAGGCGGCGGAAGCCGUCGGAAUCCGGAAGCUGCUGCUCGAGAACUACCUGAACCUGCAGGUAAUGAAUGCCAGCGGUCGUGGCUGCUGGAUCUUCUUCGUCCUCCAUUUCCCCCUCCCGCUGCAUCUCAACUCCUCUGCAAUCUUCUCGCAGGCGAUGCGAUGGCCGCUGGGCCCCCUGAUCGAGUUAUUCCCCUGGUUCCGCAAUCGGAUGUUGGCAGAUCCUCAGUUCCUCUUCAAAGUCGGAACCGAGGCCCGUAACUCUCUCCUCCUCCCCCAUCCCUUCCUCCCUCCUCAGGUCUGGCUCCCUAUGGAUUAUGAGCUCAUCUUCCUUCUCCUCCCCCUGUGACUAGUCCGCAGAUUUGCAUAGAUUCGUGCUGUGCGACAUUCGCGGAGGUGCAGAAGAGGGGGAAGGAUUUCUGGUCGGAGUUCGAGCUCUACGUCGCCGAUCUCCUGGUCGGGGUUGUGGUAGACAUCGCCCUGGUGAGCAUGCUGGCGCCGUACGCGCGCAUUGGGAAGGUCUCUGCGUCCAAAGGGUUUCUGGCCGGAGCCGCCCGUGUCUGCGGAGCUCUACCCAGCAGGUUGGCCCUCCUCAACCUCUGCCAUGAUGUGGGGCACGACCUUGCUGAAGCUCACCUGAACUCCAGUGAUCAUCUUGCUAGAAUCAUGAGACAUGGCGUAAUCCGAUUCCUCUGCUCUCUUGUGCAGCGUGUUCGAGGCUGAAAGGCCGGGUUGCAAAUUCUCCAAAGCUCAGAGACUAGGAGCAUUUUUUUACAAGGUAUCAUCUUAUCUGCAUUGCCUCGAACCAGAGAAAACGUCGAAGAUUUGUCAGUUCAUGAUCGAAUAGUUGCUUUUUUAUGCAUUCAUGGAUCAAGAAGGUAGGAUCAUCUCAUCUUCAUUGCCUCGAACCAGAGAAAGCGUCACAGAUUCAUCAGUUCGUUGAUCGAAUAGCAGUUUUGUCUUUUGUUAGUUUCUUGCUGGUUGGGACAUUCAUCUCUGUUGCAGAUAUCACCAAACUUAAACUCUAUUAUGUAUUGGUGGAUCUAGAAGGUAAGAUCAUCUCAUCUUCAUUGCCACAGACCUGAGAAAACCUCGAAGAUCCCUCCGUCCAUGAUCAGAGAGUUUUUCCUUUUUUCUGGUUUCAUGUUGAUUGAGAUCCCGAUCUCAAGAACAGAUACUUACCUGACAUAGAACCAUUAUGCAUUCAUGGUUCUAUAUAUGAGGUCGUAUUAUCUCAUCUUCCUUCCCUGAAGCCAUGGAAAACCUCAAAGACCCUUCGAUUCGUGAUCAAAUAUCAAUUUUUUUUUCUCUUGUGGAUUGAGAUAUCGAUUUCAACCACAGAAUGUUGCUUAAUAUGGAAUAUUUUAUGCAUCCAUGGCCCAGGGAGUGCUGUACGGAUCAGUCGGAUUCACAUGCGGCCUAAUCGGGCAGGGCAUUGCGAACAUGAUUAUGACUGUCAAGAGGUGCUUGAGAAAUCCUAUGAUGAUCAAAGUUAUUAUAUUCUUCGCGAACUGAUUUGUUUUUUUUUUUUUUUUUUUUGCCAUUUAUGGGGCUGGUUUCUUCCUCUAAUGGGUCUAUAACUGCGGGUCUGAUUCAGUGGUUUCAGAGUUCUAUGCUAAUUUUAGAGCCUUCUUGUGCUAAUCCCAGGAGUGUCAAGAAAUCGGAAGAAGAUGUGCCCGUCCCUCCUCUUGUGAAGAGUGCUGCACUUUGGGGUAUGCUGGUGCUUGUUAUUUCCUAAGAUUAAAUAUACUCAUUAUAUCUUUUUUCCUAAGAAAAUCUUCAUUAAAUACCCAUUAUGUUUCUCCAAAGAAUUUUCUUAUUAAUAAUAUUAUUUUUCCCAAGAAAAUGCUAAUUAUAUAUAUAUAAGCUGCAUCUUGAGCAUUAUCUGCUCUUCAGCUGAGAUCAUCUCCAUGUUGUCACCAGUUGCCAUAUUAGGAAUUAUAGUGAUAAUUGUUUCGAAUAAAACGCCUUUCGAUGUUACAUUUUGCCAAAAACUGCUUUGUAGUCAUUAGUUUCCCUAAUAAGAUUCUGAUUAUUCAUUAUUUCCCCUUCAGCAGUUCAUCGCAUUUUUCCAUGUUAACCCUCCAGAAAACCUCUUCAGCUUAUCCUCCUCCCAACUUCCAGUUCAUAGACGCCGUUCAAAUCAUCAGUCAACCGGGCUUUCACAUAAUUAAAAAAAAUGAAAUAAUAAUCAGUAAUGUUCUUGAGUCUUCUCAGGAUCCCCAGGUGGGGCCCAGCUGAGCUUCCUCUUCUUCUUGUAUCUUCUCAGGUGUCUUCCUCGCGGUUUCUUCGAACACCAGGUACCAGAUAGUCAACGCUCUGGAACAGGUCGUAGAGUCGUCCCACCUGGCAAGGCGGGUCCCACCUGUUGCCAUGGCCUUCACUGUCGGCCUCCGCUUCGCCAACAACAUCUACGGGGGGAUGCAGUUUGUGGACUGGGCCAAGUGGAGUGGGGUCCAGUAA